AGCUAGAGAAGAAACAUUUCUUAUUACUUAUCCAAAACUAUUAAACAACUGACCAUAGCCAUAAAAUGAGAUAUGAUUUAUAUGGCUUUUUUAUUAUCAGAUUCAAAGUCCGGUCGAAUCAACAGAGCUUUUACCUUUUUAUACUAGUUUAAAGUUAGUGAUGUCGAUAGACCUAAGAAUAAAGGGGAAUUUAUUUUAAUAAUUUUAGGGAAAUGGCCAGCAAUGAAGAAAUAGAACGCAUUAUUGACAGUUUAGCAUUUGAAGUGGAAGCGGUCCCACAAAAUAAUAUUUUAGAAGUUUCUGGAACCUCCAAAGCAACUCCCUUGAACCUCAAAAUUAGAGUUCGUAAAAAAGAUGAAGCAUUGUUCAAGCAGGGCGUUGUGUCAGUUCCCAAACUUGGACACUCAAAAAAAUCUCCAGAAAAAAUCAGACUAGUCAGCAGCGACCAAACUGUUCUGUCAUUUAAAGUAUUUGUAGAUACUGAUCCAGACAAGAAACCUGUUAAGAAGCGGAAACGGUUUUUUGGAGGAUGUUUAAGUUCAGAAGAUAAUGAGGAUGAUACUUAUAUGGAUAGUAGUAAAAUUGUAGCGACCAAAUCUAGUGAAAUUGUAAAACAUAAUUUUGGUCUGUCCAAAAAUAUUCAGGAUAUGCAGCUUCACACACAAAAACCAACUAUGUUUUUUGGAAAAACAUGUAAACCAGGUGGAUGUUUGGACCCCCCUUUUGAUGAAGAAAUAUAUUCAUAUGAACCAAAAGCAUGUAGCAAAAUUUCAGUUCAAAGUAACACAGAAAUAAAUAAACAUGAUUCGACUACUUUACAAUACCCAUAUAUAGAUACUAAGUAUUCCGAUAUGUACAUUACUAAUUCUUCCAGUAAAAUGGGUAAGGAAAAUAAUGUCAUUGAAAAAUUAAGUGGAAGCCAUUCUCCUGAAAGGGAAAAUAUCAAGGAUAUUCAACGUAACGAGUCGGAUAAUAAUAUUUCAGAAAGUUAUACUUCUGAUAGUAAAAAAAUAUUGACGAAACUUUACCCUGGUGAAAUAGUAACUGAAAAAUCUAGAGAUUUAGACUUAGAGAUUGAGUCAAAAAACAUGUUAAGAUCUGGGAAAGACAAUGAUGAUGACGAAAAUAAAAGCAUCUCUGAGAUUUCGCUUCAGAAUAAACACAUAAAAGAUAAUGAGUUUAUAGAUGUAUCAGAAGAACACAAAGAUAUUUUAGGAUUGGGUAGCGACAAUAUUGAUUUACAAAGUAAAACAAAUCCAUCAUUACAAAAUAUACAAGAUAAUGACGAAAACGUUGUUACUACUUGCUUGAAAGCUGGAGGAGCAUUAACAAUUCCUAUUUUAAUGGCAGGAGUUGCUAAACAAAUUACCACAACUAAUCACCACAAUGGUGAUCUAUCAAAUGAAAACGAGCCCUCCGACAUAAAUAAAGAAAUUCAAAAAAAUGUUAAUGAACAUUUAAACAAAAAUGAACAAUCUUUUCUGAUAAAUUCUAACGGAGGUAAAAAAAUUGUAACUGAUUCUUUAUCACUGAUAACAAAGAACUAA